AUGAAGUUCGGAGCUCUAUCUCUCUCCCUACUAUGUUGCUCUUUUGAAAGCCCCAUCGCAAGCGCCCAAAGACUGGGUGUGUUGAAGAGAAAGAAACCAGAGUACCUUCGAAAUGCCGAUCAUGCCGAAGCAGCCAACGGUAAUCGAAAGCUUUUCUUCUCUUCUCUCAUCAAGAAAGCUGAAGGUGUCUUGUAUGGUACUCUCUCCCCUCCUGACGAGAGCAUGUCUUAUGAUACCAGCAUGUCAUAUGGAACAGAGGAGGAUCAUAUUGUCUACCUUCCAGCCAAUAUGGCCGAUGAUGAUUACGUCGACCAAAGCAUGUCCUACGAAACAAGCAUGUCUUAUGAAACGAGCAUGUCUCUUGUCAUGUCGAUUGAAACUACCGAGCCUGAAUAUGUGAACCGAGCACCACCGCCUAACAACCCAUCGACUUUCUACACUUCCAUUUUCAGCAAUGGCCAGCAAACGCGAAACACGGCCAAGCCUGCAGCUGGAAAGGGAAAAGGGCGCAAGAUGAUGCAACUGGAACCAACCGAGACACUUUCAGACGCCGAGUACGUCCGAAGAUACCUCGGAAACUCUGCUGCCGAUGCCAUGGACGAACACGACCACCGCAUGCUCCAGAGUAUGUCCUACACUUACAGCAUGGAAACCUCAAUGGACUACAGUUUGUCAUACAGCUUUUCAUAUAGCAUGUCCAUGGACACUCCUCAAUUUGGAAACCAAUUUCCUGGUAGUGAGGAUGAUCUCGAAGCAUUCCCCAUUCCUGAUGUCAAGGGGACUUCAAAAUUGCCUCGUCCUAUCGCUUCUCAUCCUGGAAAGAAGAUGGGUAAGGCUCCAGCCAUGCAAAAUAGACGAAGACGUAUGUCGCGAGAAGACUGGACACGAGUCGUCUAUGCUGACGACGAGCCCAGCACGACCGUCGAGGCAUCCGACAGCAGCAUCUCGUACAGCCUGAGCUAUGCAUACAGUGCCUCCAACGAAGAAAGUAUGUCCUACAGUAUGAGCUACGAAUACGGUGCAAUGUCCGAGGAUAACAUGUCCUACGAUUAUUCUUCCUACAGUAUGAGUUAUGAAUACGGUACCCUGGCUGACGAAAGCAUGUCUUAUGAUUACUCCCUCAGUAUGAGUAUUUCAUUUGGUACCCUUGGCGACGACGAUGGCUUUGAUUGGGACGACGAUUCUGUUCAAGGCGGUGCACUUGCUCCUGAUAGUUCCGCAGGUUCUAAUCCCGACUCUGGAAAUCCUUCUAGUGGUGGUGGUUCUGGCUCUGGAUCCAACUCUGGAAGUGGUUCCGGAAGCGGUUCUGGGUCCAACUCCAGCUCAGGCUCUGGUUCCGGAAGUGGUUCAAAUUCUGGCUCUGACUCAGGCUCUGGAAGUGGCUCUAACUCUGGUUCCGGCUCAGGUUCUGGAAGCUCAGGUUCUGUAAGUGGAUCUGGUUCCGGAAGUGGCUCAUCUGGUGGAUUUACCGCAGUCAAGGCCCCUAAAGGACACGGGAAGGCAGCAAACGCCAAAGCCCCCAAUCCAAACCGUGCCUCCGCUGCAAAGGCACCAGGUAUUCCAGGCCUUACUCGCAAGAAUGCCCGUAAGCGAGCUCAAGCUAGAAGAAGACGAGCAGAAAGAGUUUCCAAACCAAAAGAAAUGCCAUGGACUUCUACUGAAGAACCUUCUGUUUUUUUGCUCGAGUCUGUCAAGGAUAUGUACCAAGAUUUUGGUGCUCAAAUGACCGCAACCGACCAAUCAUUCUCAUCUGAAAUUGAGGGCCAAUUCCGGUCCAAUCUUUGUGGAAAGCCAAAGUGUGGCGGAAAGAUUAACAUGUUCAAGUGCCUCUCUUGCUCUUCGAACUCGUGGUAUUCUGCCAUUUCCGAAAGUGGAAACGGUGCCAUUCAUGGAUUCGUCGAUCGUGACAAUAAUGUCGUAGUAUCGUCUGAUGAAGCAGCCGCCCCAACGCAUACUCGAUUGGAUAUUGCGGUACCCAUGUCUGGCCAAGAUGGAAAGCUUCGUCAUUUUGCCGCCCGCCUAGGUGCAUCACUUCAAACCUUCCGCAAAUCCCCAAUGGGCAAGCAAAUGUCUAUUAGACUCUUUGUCACAAAAUACCAAGGCGACUUUGCUGACAUGAGAAUGUCGGAUGUGAAGAGGGAGCUCUCCUACUUGACCAAGCUCGAACCCGAAGAUAUUACCUUUGUCGAUGUGUUGGACAGCGAAUUCUCUCGGGCCAAUGCCAUCAAUAACCUUCAUCGCAACGUUUGUCAAGAAAGAGACUGUAUUGUGUCCGUAAUGGACGUCGAUAUGUUUAUUCUACCAAGAUUCUUUUACAACGCACAUGAAUUUGUCCAGGCUGGCCACUCUGCGUACUUCCCAAUUGUCUGGUCCGAAUAUAAUCCCGAGACCGUUCAACUGGUCGACGACUUCUAUGCCCUUAAUGGUGUAAAGCAAAGCACCUACAGCAACCACCACGGCACAUGGAGACAAUACGGUUUCGGAUUGUAUGCUAUUUCUGGAGCGGAUGCUUCGAAAUUCAUGUUGGAUGAAAGAUUCAAGGGAUGGGGUGGUGAGGACAACGACUUCUACCAUCGUGUUAGCUCUGGGCUGAAUAUUGUCCGAAUGCGUGAACAUGGAUUGAUUCAUAUUUUCCACAGCAAGGAGUGCACUGCCGGAUCCUUCGUCAAGACUUCAAUGAUUCAGCAAUGUUUCGGUUCGAAAACUUCCGUCGAAGGCUCUCAACUUGGUUUGUACCUCCGAAACCUUCGUGAAAGCGACGAGGCUACCUUCAGUUCAAUCUUUCAGAUGGAUAGAUACGAAGAAGACAUUCUUCUUGCAGUUGUGACAUCUCGAGAGAACUUGAGCUCCCGAGUUGCUGCUGUCCGCGAGUCAUGGGGAGCGACAAACAACAUUCCAGCCAACGUUCACAUUCGCUACUUUGUUGGUAAUGGCACCGAAUCAAGCUUUGAUUUGCUUCGCCUUGCUGGUCUGGAGGAUGCGGAUGAGUUGGUGAUUAUGACUGAAGUCGAAGACAACGAAUAUCCUCCCGUGAAGAAGAAUACCAACAUGUUGAAGCGAACCCAAGAGGUUGUCCUUGAUAUGGAAGCAUCGCGCAAUAUGGAUAUCAAGUAUAUUAUGAAGGUUGACGAUGAUACUUACGUCAACUUUGACGGUUUACUUAAGUUCUUGGCGUACCGUGAUCCUACGGAAACACAUCAAUUCUGGGGAGAGCGUGGAAUGGGAUACGUUCAAGACAGAGACGGGCUGACGAAGGCAGGUUUGAAGAAACCGUACUGUACUGGAGGCCCUGGAUAUGUCUUGUCGAGAGCAACAUUCGAUGAUACAGUCCAAGGAAUUGAUGCUUGUGUCCACGGCGCAAAUGUCUCCCCAUAUAGAGACUACUUGUGGCAUUCUGAUGUUGUCAUUGGAAUGUGCGUAACACAACAGACUGGCAUUGGAUGUCAUGAAGGUUCCGAUUACAAGAAGAACAGAGUUUUCCUGAAUAACUAUGGAGGUCCUGAAAACUUUGUUAGGGAAGGAGAUCUGAAGAAUGUCGUGACCAUGCAUCCAUUCAAGAAGGAAGGCCAAAUGUCACGCCAGCAUGGAAGAUUCGACAAACCUGUACAGAAGGCAAUGAAGAAUUUAAUGAAGGCACCAAGCAACGAGUAG